GAAAAACAUCUUGGGACUGCCCCGUAUAUAAAGGGACAUGAGUGCUCUGAACGUCAGUUUCUGCACACCGUCAACAUGUUGACAUCAAACCAAGUUGGUUUUGCUGCAAUGUUAAUGCAAUUUUGUUUCAAGAAUGUCAACAGCUUCUUAGCAGCCCUUUUGGGAUGGAUUUUGCGGGUGUCUGGCACGCAGAUGCAACAUACGCCUGUUGGAAACAUCAGUCGCCCGAAGACUGGCACCAAAGAGCAGAAAGAGGGCUCCAGCACUCAGCUGACUAGAACUCCAAGCAGUGUAAACUACCACUUUACCCGGCAGUGCAAUUACAAAUGCGGCUUUUGCUUCCACACUGCGAAGACAUCUUUCGUCCUGCCCAUUGAAGAAGCAAAGCGAGGCUUACGACUUCUCAAAGAAGCAGGAAUGGAAAAGAUCAACUUCUCGGGCGGAGAGCCCUUCAUUCACGAGAAAGGCAAUUUUCUGGGAGAGUUGGUGCGAUAUUGCAAGCAGGAGCUGCAGCUGCCCAGCGUCAGCAUCGUGAGCAACGGCAGUCUGAUCAGAGAAACCUGGUUCCAGAAAUACGGUGACUACUUGGACAUCCUGGCCAUAUCUUGUGACAGUUUUAACGAGGACACCAAUAAAGUCAUAGGUCGAGGUCAGGGCAAGAAGAGUCACCUGGACAAACUACAUCAAGUUCAGAACUGGUGCCGGGAAUAUAAGGUGGCUUUCAAAAUCAACUCAGUUAUCAAUACCUACAAUGUGGAUGAAGAUAUGACCGAGCAGAUCAAUACUCUGAACCCAGUGCGCUGGAAGGUCUUCCAGUGUCUGCUAAUUGAAGGUGAAAACGCAGGGGAGAACAGCCUCCGCGAGGCCGAGAAAUUCAUCAUUAGCGAUCAGCAAUUCCAAGACUUCCUGGACCGCCACCAGAGCGUGAAGUGUCUGGUUCCAGAGUCUAAUCAAAAGAUGAGAGACUCUUACCUGAUUCUUGAUGAAUAUAUGCGCUUCUUGGAUUGCCGAGAGGGGAGGAAAGAUCCGUCAAAGUCAAUUCUGGAUAUCGGUGUGGAAGAGGCCAUCAAGUUUAGUGGUUUUGAUGAGAAGAUGUUCCUCGUAAGAGGGGGGAAAUAUGUGUGGAGCAAAGCUGAUAUGAAACUGGACUGGUGAACUGUC